AUGGAAAGGGAAGGUCUCUGGCAUUCUUCUUUAGGGGAAACCUGGGAACCUGAUAAUUGGUUAGAGGGGCAACAGGAAAACCAGGAUAGACAUUUGGGCCAAGUGCACAUUACCCAUAAGGAAACCCUCACUGAGCGAAGGACAUGUGGAGGUAAUGAACUUGAAAGAUGUUCCAGUCAGGGUUCAAUCAUUGAUAUACAACAAACUAUUCCUGUGGGGAAAAGUCCUCACAACUGGAAUUCACAUGGAAAAGACACUAAACAAAAUGCUGAAUUAAUUAAAACUCAAAGAAUAUUUGCAGGAGAGAAAGUCUAUGAAUGUAAUGAGUGUGGGAAAACCUUCAGCCAGAGUUCGUCUCUUCUUAAGCACCAGAGAAUUCAUACGGGGGAGAAACCCUAUAAGUGUAAUGUAUGUGAGAAGCACUUCAUUGAACGUUCCUCACUUACUGUACAUCAAAGAAUCCAUACUGGAGAGAAACCCUACAAAUGUAAUGAAUGUGGGAAAACCUUCAGUCAGAGUAUGAACCUUACUGUUCAUCAAAGAACUCAUACUGGAGAGAAACCAUAUCAGUGUAAAGAGUGUGGAAAAGCUUUCCGCAAGAAUUCAUCCCUUAUUCAACAUGAAAGGAUUCAUACUGGAGAGAAACCCUACAAAUGUAAUGAAUGUGGUAAAGCUUUUACCCAAAGUAUGAAUCUCACAGUGCAUCAAAGAACUCACACAGGAGAAAAACCCUAUGAAUGUAAUGAAUGUGGAAAAGCCUUCAGUCAAAGUAUGCAUCUUACUGUACAUCAGAGAAGUCAUACUGGAGAAAAACCCUAUGAGUGUAGUGAAUGUGGAAAAGCCUUUAGUAAGAGCUCAGCUCUUACCCUGCAUCAGCGAAAUCAUACUGGAGAAAAACCCUACAAAUGUAACAAAUGUGGGAAAUCCUUUAGCCAAAGUACAUACCUUAUAGAGCAUCAGAGACUUCAUUCUGGAGUAAAACCUUUUGAAUGUAAUCAGUGUGGGAAAGCUUUCAGUAAGAAUUCAUCUCUUACUCAACAUCGGAGAAUUCAUACUGGAGAGAAACCUUAUGAGUGUAUGGUAUGUGGAAAACAUUUCACUGGGCGAUCAUCCCUUACUGUACAUCAGGUUAUUCAUACUGGAGAGAAGCCUUAUGAAUGCAGUGAAUGUGGAAAGGCCUUCAGCCAGAGUGCAUACCUUAUUGAGCAUCAAAGAAUUCAUACUGGUGAGAAGCCCUAUGAAUGCGAUCAGUGUGGAAAAGCCUUCAUUAAGAAUUCAUCGCUUAUAGUGCACCAGAGAACUCAUACAGGAGAGAAACCCUAUCAGUGUAAUGAAUGUGGAAAAGCCUUCAGUCGGAGUACAAAUCUUACACGGCAUCAGAGAACUCAUACGUGAGGAAAACAUGGGACCCUUCAUCAUGAUUAACUCUUCAGUGGUAAUCAGUUAAAUCAUGUAAUAUAGAAACCUAAUAAAUGUAAUGAUUCCAGUAA